CGAAAACAUGGCGAUGCACAUGGCAGCGGAGGUUUCUUGACUCUUAGUGAGAGUUUCUUGUUUCCACGUGUGGUUCUUCCUACCCGUUCCGCAACAGACUUGAACAUAAUGAAGGUUGGCGAAGUCUUCGAGAGUCUUCGAAAAUUCGAUGCCUAUCCGAAAACCUUGGAAGAUUUCCGAAUCAAAACGUUCGGUGGUGGAGCAGUGACCCUGGUGAGCAGCAUUUUGAUGGUCCUGCUUUUCAUGGCUGAAUUGAAUGACUACCUGAAGGUGGAGAUUAAGGAAGAUUUGUUUGUUGAUCUCUCUCGAGGCCAAAAGCUACGAAUCAACUUUGAUAUGGUGUUCCCAAGGAUUGCUUGUGGUUUUAUUUCAUUGGAUUCCAUGGACAACAGUGGAGAAAGGCAGACUGACAUCACUCAUAAUAUAUACAAGAUCAAGUUGGAUAUGGAUGGGAAGCCCAUUGCAAAUCCUGAACGAGAAGAAGUUAUUUCAUUGGAUUCCAUGGACAACAGUGGAGAAAGGCAGACUGACAUCACUCAUAAUAUAUACAAGAUCAAGUUGGAUAUGGAUGGGAAGCCCAUUGCAAAUCCUGAACGAGAAGAAGCCAUGGCCUCCACAUCAAAGUCUGAAUCCACUAACUGCUUCCUAAUUCUCUGGAUUGUCAUCAAUGGCAACUUCAACUUUGUCUACGAUGUCGUUGUUGGUCAUCCCGGCGCAGAUGGAGUAGACUAUCACCUUCCUUCUCCACUCCUCAGGCCACUCAUAAUCAUCCAAUCUGUUUGGGAUCCUGGAACAAUAGUUGGGCAGAAUACAACAGCAGUGGCAACAAAGAAUGAGCCAAAAUGUGGGAGCUGCUAUGGGGCAGAAACCAAAACAAGACCGUGUUGCAACAGUUGCCGAGAAGUGUCAGAUGCAUACCGAGAGAAAGGUUGGGCUAUUCGUUCCAUGGAUGAGAUCGAGCAAUGCAAGGAUGAAUCUUCACGCAAAGAGAUUGAAUGGGCUGUCAAGGAAGGCUGCCACAUAUAUGGAUAUCUGGAUGUUAACAGAGUAGGAGGGAAUUUCCAUUUUGCUCCUGGGAAGACCUACUCAGGAGAACAUGUACAUGUGCAUGACCUUCAGACAAUGUCCCUUGAAAGUGUCAAUUUGACUCAUACCAUCCAGCACCUCUCUUUUGGAAGGCAUAUUCGCACCCACAAUGACCCUCUGGAUAGUACAGUAGUCAUCUCUGAAAAAGGUGCGAUGAUGUACCAGUAUCACUUGAAGAUUGUUCCCACCAAGUAUGAGAGAGCAGAUGGAAGCACCCUGGAUACCAACCAGUUCUCAGUCACUCGCCAUGAGAAAAGCCUGAUGAGCAUGAUGGAUAGUGGAAUUCCUGGAGUCUUCUUUCACUAUGACUUCUCUCCACUGAUGGUCAAGUAUACUGAGAAGACAAAGUCCUUGGGUCAUUUUGCAACAGGUCUAUGUGCAAUCAUUGGUGGAGUCUUCACUGUUGCUGGCCUCAUUGAUGCUUUGCUAUAUCAUGGCCUUAAGAAGAUUCAGCGUAAGAUGGAACUAGGGAAGUUCUGGAAGAAUCUGGAGUUGAGUGUUACCAGUUGGACUCAAGAAUGUGUUAUGAACUCAAAGCAUUAUAGUGUGAGUGCAUCAUUCAACAAAUUUCAGACACCUUAUCAUGAUGUUGACCAAUUUCUUCACAUCACUGAGUAUUCAGAGAACCACGAACUGACCAUGCCAAAGACAUGUGAAUUGAGUGUGUUUGAGAGAAGGGAGAAGUGUUAUAAU